GUAAGAAACGUACCCCUGUUCCCGUUAGUGUGUGUGUCCUAAGAUUUAAAAGAACAGGAUUGCUUUUCAGAGUCAUCCAGGUGCCCUGCCGACCAGGGUAUAAGCCCCAUCCCAUCCGAACCCAAGGCCGGGCCUGCCCUGUGCCUCUGGGAGGGAGCAGCAGCCCAUCAGCCUGGUGUUCCCACACUCACCUGUGCCUUUGUUUCCCGCAGGACGUGGAGGGCGCCCUGAGCAGGAGCCAGGCUGUGCGGCUGGAGAUGCCAGAGGCCCUGUCCUUGGAGGUUGAGACUGAGUGCGAGGUCCUAGAGGUUUGCUUUGAGCUAAAGAACAGGUUCAAGAGCCAUCAAGGACCCUGCGAGGAUGAGCCCCCUCUGCCCGUAUUCGUUUGGGAUUUCUUGGACCAUCUGUCAGAGCAGCCUGGCAGUUGUGAAACUGACAUGGAGCAGUUUGCAGAGACCCUGAGCGGCCGGGUCACCACGGACGAGGCUUUGGAAGAACUUGUGGACCUCAUCUAUCAACAGGCCACGUCCGUGCCCAAGCUCCGCCGCGGGGGAGCUCGCCUGUGUGGUUACCUGUCCCGUCACCUGACCAUUCCCUCACAGAGGGGCAGCUUCCGCCAAGUGCUCCUUCAAAGAUGUCAGACUGAUUAUGAGCCUAGAGAUCAAGCUGCCAAGGGGGAUGAAGCAGGUCGGAAACGAUUCCAUGAGUUGGUGCUCUUUAUGGGAGAAUUUUAUCUUCUGCUGGAGAUCGAAGGGGCAAAUGGACAGGCUCACACAGCUCUUUUUCGGGGGUUGUUGGAUGCCCUCCUUUCUCACCCCGUGGACGAUAACCUAAUUUGUGCAGUAAAAUUACUGAAGUUGACAGGGCCCGCCUUGGAAGAUGCCUGGAAGAGACAAAGAAAGACGGACAUGGACGACGUUAUCCAGGGGAUUGCAAAGGUCGCCCUGGAGGCGCCCUGCAGUGUAGGUGUGAAGCAGAUGCUCUUGAAGCUUGUUGAGCUCCGGUUAGACAACUGGGGAAGAGUCCCUGUCACCUCAGCAUCAAGAGAAGCAGCACCUGAGAUUGAUCCCAACUGUUUUGUGACGGAACCGCCAUUGGGUCCAGCGGAUGGUGUUCCUUUCCCUGCAGCUGAUCCCGAUGACCAGGAUUCAUCUCAGGAGUGACGUGAGGGCGGGAGAGGAGGGGGGAGGGGGAAGGACAUAUGUGAUACUUUCAACAAUAAAGAUUCAUUAAAACAAAAAAGAGUGAGUUGAAGAGAAGACUCAUUUUCCAGAUUGUGAAGAAAACGGAGCAGGUGUGUCCGGGGUGGUGACGGUACUUGGAUGAUAUUGAGGAUGAGGUGGACCCAGGAGCUUAUGCAGAGUUUUGUUUGGAACCAGAGCGUCAGCAGCAGCCGUCGGGUUAAACGUCCCCGGGUCAGAGUGAGGAAGCCGUGCAGGUGAUGGUGGGAACCGGACGCAGGAAACCUGCCACUUGUACCCGAUGGAGGAUGCAGUGCCCACAACCUGGGCCUGUG